CAAAAAUUAUUACAUAUAUUUUAAAGUAGAAACCUAAUUAAAAAAUUGUCAUCUUCUGACUUAUAUCAUGUAAACUUCCAUAUACAAAAGAAUACGAAAUUUGCAAAUAGCAUAUAUCUAUUUUUGGCUAGAAAAUCCCACCAAACAAUCAGCGCUGCUAAAAGUCGCGCAUCUCAGCUGGCAGACGACGCAAUUCGCCAAUUUACCAAACAAUAGACUAAACUAGUGCAAUGUUCUCCAUUUUUGGAAAGCGUAAGCCGGCAGAGACGCCCACAGAGGACCAGCCCAUUCAGGGUCCAGCAGAGGGAAUCCGUCCUGGCACAAGCAGCGAUGAUUUUGUGUUUAUAGAACGAAAACCAGGACCGGAUGCUCCUCCGGGUGCUUCCUCCGGCCCCAUGUACCCGCCAAUGCCGCCGGCGGGUUAUCUGCCCUAUCCGCCAAUGCCAGGACCCAGGGGCGGAUCCGGACAGGUGAAACAGCCCAGUGCCCAAGGACCCGUCAACUAUUUGCAGGACAUUCCCUUCGAGCUGGCCCCCGGGUUGGCCACCAAGGACCGCUACGCAAGCACCCAAAUGCAGGUGGACAGUAUCCUGGCCCUCCUUACGCGGCAAAUGUCCGUGGAUGAACUGGCCGAGGAGUACACCUUUUCCUUGGAAAGGUCCGUUCAGAACGAGUGUUACUAGCACAACUUACACAUUCACCGGUUAUUUUAAUAAAACGUUGAUUAUUUAAUUGUAAACGA